AUGAUCCUCCCCGCGAGAACAAUGUCACCGCCGCAAGGCGCUUACACCACGCCACACCACGAAGAAGAACCCGUCUCCAGAACCUAUCAGUACAGAAAAGUCAUGAAACCAAUGCUUGAAAGGAAGCGACGAGCACGUAUCAACCGCUGCCUCGACGAGCUUAAAGAUCUUAUGGUCACCGCUCUACAAGCUGAAGGCGAAAACGUGUCCAAACUGGAAAAAGCUGAUAUCCUUGAACUGACAGUACGUCAUCUACACAGCCUGAAAAGAAGAGGACAAUUAGUGCUGAAACCUGAAACUUCAUACGCGGAACGAUUUCGCGCAGGUUUUACACAGUGCGCGACGGAAGUGUCACAGUUCAUUGCAAAUGCAACUCUUGCUGCGAAUGCAUUACAGCGACAGGGGCCUGUCGAUCCCCAAGCAGGAGCCAGGCUAUUGCAGCAUUUGAGCACUUGUAUAAGACGGUUAGAGAGUCCACAAGUAGUCCAGCCGCAGCCGAUAGCCCCGAAUGGAAUUGCCAGACCAACACCAUUGCAGCCGAUUGCCCCCGCGCCUCCACCACAGCCACAAACCUUGCAGCGACCAGUGAUGCAUGAAAGAGGCUUGAAGAGGCCAGCAGAGCGGCUCGCGGAAGCAGAGGUGACCUCGAAACGGGCGUAUGCGCCGCCCUCGCCUCCGCACAGCCCCGCCUCCGAGACAGACUCCGCCCAGUCGAUGUGGAGGCCCUGGUGA